ACAUGAAAUCGGAAAAUAAAGAAGCCUUUCACCCCUAUAUAAUGUGCCUGUAGUCGCAGUUACCGAUCUCUCCGAUAUUGAAAUUUCCUUUUGUGAUCGGCACUUUGAUCAGGGGCGUUGUAAAAUUUUGUUCAGCGGAGUUUACGUUAAUAUUACAGAUCAAAAUGUGUGACGACGAAGUAGCUGCACUUGUUGUUGAUAAUGGUUCUGGUAUGUGUAAAGCUGGCUUUGCUGGUGAUGAUGCUCCUAGAGCUGUAUUCCCAUCCAUUGUUGGUCGACCUAGACAUCAAGGUGUUAUGGUAGGUAUGGGUCAGAAAGACAGUUAUGUAGGUGAUGAAGCCCAGAGUAAAAGAGGUAUUCUGACUCUCAAGUAUCCUAUUGAACAUGGUAUUGUCACCAAUUGGGAUGAUAUGGAGAAGAUCUGGCAUCAUACUUUCUACAAUGAAUUGCGAGUUGCCCCUGAAGAGCAUCCUGUGCUCUUGACUGAAGCUCCUCUCAACCCCAAGGCCAAUAGGGAAAAGAUGACCCAGAUCAUGUUCGAGACAUUUAAUACCCCAGCUAUGUAUGUAGCUAUUCAGGCUGUAUUGUCUCUUUAUGCUUCUGGUAGAACAACUGGUAUUGUGUUGGAUUCUGGAGAUGGUGUUUCCCAUACUGUACCAAUUUAUGAAGGUUAUGCUUUGCCCCAUGCUAUCUUACGUUUAGACUUGGCUGGACGAGAUUUAACAGAUUAUCUUAUGAAAAUUCUUACUGAACGUGGUUAUUCCUUUACUACAACUGCUGAAAGAGAAAUUGUCCGAGACAUCAAGGAGAAGUUAUGUUAUGUCGCCCUGGACUUUGAGCAGGAGAUGGCCACUGCUGCUUCAUCUUCCUCUUUAGAAAAGUCUUAUGAAUUGCCCGAUGGACAGGUAAUCACCAUUGGUAACGAGAGGUUCCGUUGCCCAGAAGCCCUCUUCCAGCCUUCAUUCUUGGGUAUGGAGUCCUGUGGCAUCCAUGAAACCACUUACAACUCUAUUAUGAAAUGUGAUGUGGACAUUCGUAAAGAUUUGUAUGCCAAUACCGUACUUUCUGGUGGUACUACCAUGUAUCCUGGUAUUGCUGACAGGAUGCAGAAAGAAAUUACUGCAUUAGCUCCAUCUACGAUGAAGAUCAAGAUCAUCGCCCCACCUGAGAGGAAGUACUCCGUCUGGAUUGGUGGAUCCAUCUUAGCCUCUCUUUCAACUUUCCAGCAGAUGUGGAUUUCCAAGCAGGAAUAUGACGAGUCCGGUCCAUCCAUCGUCCACCGCAAGUGCUUCUAAGCAUGAAAUGCUUCUUAAAGAAGGAAAAAUUCCAAAUCUAAAAUUCCAUGUCUACAACUAUUGCAACAAACUUUUCUGUACUAUAAAAUCAAAUCUGAUUUCCUAAGGUGUAUAUGUAAGUUAUUUUACAAUUCACGGUUGUUUUUUGGUAAUAAACAUCUUUAAAAUAAA